GAGAUCCACCGUCCCCCAAACCCCGACACCGUCGCUCACAAACGGGGGGAAUUGAGUUGGGGCGAACGUGAUCGAUCUUGUUUCGAUACAGCAUAUCGUGGUUUACCUUCCGUGGGUUCCACGGUACGAGGGUCGAUUGACACAUCGCGAUGGAGACAUAAGCUGCAUUACUGCAGUGUACAGUACAGCGCACCCAACGGCGCUCUGAAACAAUGUCUCAUCGGGACCCGCUGUGCCCCUAAUUCCGUGGUCUGAUAUUUGAGACCGAUGAUGUCAAAUUUCUUGGGUGAUGGAAUCAUGAUGCUGGAUGCUGUUCAGGGGAGCGUCGGACAUAUAAAGCCAGCUGUCGCUGCUGGAGAUCUGAGAAGCAAAAACAACAACAAUCACAACCGCGCCAUCAAUUGACAAGCUCUUCUCAACUCAGUCCAACCAGAAACAAAUCAGACUUUCAUUCCAGCCAAAAUGAAGUUCUCCAUUGCUACCGUUGCUGCUCUCGCCAGCGCCAUCACCGCCACUGCCGCCUCUCUGCCCGAGCGCUUCACUCUCGUCGCCGACGACAACAGCGCCGUCCUCACUGAUGGCCAGUACCUCUACAUCGGCAACGCCACCUCCGACGACCAAGUCCCCGUCGUCCUGACCUCCAACUCCGCCGGCGCCCUGACUUACCUCGCCGACGGCGCCGUCCCCACCGCCUUCCAGAACCUGUACAUCGUCGAGAACUCCGUCGCCGCCGUGCAGUUCACCGUCCCCCACUCCGGCAACAUGCCCGAGGGUGCCAACAUGACCGGCUUCGCGGUCAACGAGGACGGCCAGCUGACCCACGGCGACAAGGCCUGGUUUGCCGUUGAUGGGUACGGCGAUGUCGAGGAGAAGACCGUGUACUGGUACGGAGCUCACAGCUCUGAGUACAUGGCUGCCUACCUGAAGGUGAAGGCUGCUUAAUUGAGUGAUGGAUUGGGGUGUAGGACUUGAAGAGGGGAAAUCCUAGAAAGAUGUAUAUAUUCGAAAGACUUUGAGCAGCGUGUAUAAAGAUUAGGCGACUGUGGAUAA